AGUUAGAAAAUUGUGUUUAAAUCCUUAAUACAAAUCUGGAAUAUAAAUGAACAAUUGGGCUUAAUAUUCAGCAAUGUUCAUGGGUUGGGGAGACUGGUUCACAGGCGGAGUACAAUCGGUAGAUACACAAAAUCUUCUUGAUUCUGUAAUUAUAACUAAUAAAACUAUUAUAAGAAGAAUUCGUGUACCCACUUAUGAAGUAUACAAAACUUAUUGGCGCGAUGAUCCUGAAAUACAGAAACAUUAUUGGGCAGCAUCGUUUCUUCUACCUAUUGGAACAAUCUUUGUUCUCGCAUUGGUAGUCCUUCUAAUGGUAUUAUUCAAAAGAUGUCCGCAUAUCGUUGCCGCGAUUGUCGCAUCGAUUCUUGGUGUGAUUAUCAUAUUUACAGCAUUGGUGUCGAUCAACCAUGCUCCCAUAUAUGCUUAAUAUUUUUUGUUAAUAUUACUAUUACCAAAAUUCGAUGAACACGUCUCAUCGUUUCUAGUCUGUUUAAAAUACUAUGGAUCAAGACUGAUACAAGAUUUGCUAUACCAUGAUAUACACAUAACAAUGUAUUGAAUAUUUUUAUAAUGAAUCAUUUCAACUAAAUGUAUCUUUUGUAAUAUAAAUAUUUUCCUUACUA